GAGGUGGGUGGGUGGUAGGAAAGCAGGAGGGGGCGGCCGCGGCGGCCUUGGCUUCCCUCCGACUCUCCCCCUCCCGAUAGGCGGACGAUGAAGAAGCUAUACAUCGGCAACCUGAGCCCGGCCGUGACUGCCGAGGAGCUCCGGCAGCUCUUCGGGGACAGGAAGUUGCCCCUCACCGGGCAGGUCCUACUCAAGUCCGGCUACGCUUUCGUGGACUACCCGGACCAGAACUGGGCCAUCCGCGCCAUCGAAACUCUCUCCGGUAAAGCAGAGUUGCAUGGCAAAGUCAUGGAAGUGGAUUAUUCAGUCCCCAAAAAACUAAGAAGCAGGAAGAUUCAAAUCCGGAAUAUUCCUCCACAUUUACAGUGGGAGGUGUUAGAUGGUCUUUUAGCUCAACAUGGGACAGUAGAGAAUGUGGAACAAGUUAACACAGAAUCAGAGACAGCAGUUGUCAACGUUACAUAUGCAACAAAAGAAGAAGCAAAAGUAGCAAUUGAGAAGCUUAGUGGUCACCAGUUUGAGAACUAUUCCUUCAAGAUUUCCUACAUCCCAGACGACGAGGUGAGCUCCCCUCAGACCCCUCAGCGAUCCCGGCGUGGGGGCCACUCUUCCAGGGAGCAGGGUCCCUCCCCUGGGGGCUCCUCGCAGCCCAAACAGCUCGAUUUCCCACUACGGAUCCUGGUCCCCACGCAAUUUGUUGGUGCGAUCAUAGGAAAGGAGGGCUUGACCAUAAAGAACCUUACUAAGCAAACCCAGUCCAAGAUAGACAUUCAUCGGAAAGAAAAUGCUGGUGCUGCAGAAAAACCAAUAACCAUUCAUGCCACCCCUGAAGGGUGUUCGGAAGCGUGUCGCAUGAUACUUGAUAUUAUGCAGAAGGAGGCUGAAGAAACAAAAUCGGCUGAAGAGAUUCCUUUGAAAAUCUUAGCACACAACAGCUUGGUUGGAAGAUUGAUUGGCAAAGAAGGAAGAAACUUGAAGAAAAUUGAGCAAGAUACGGGGACCAAGAUCACUAUUUCUCCUUUGCAGGAUUUAACAAUUUAUAACCCUGAAAGAACCAUCACCGUGAAGGGUACAAUUGAGGCCUGUACCAAUGCUGAAGUAGAGAUAAUGAACAAACUGCGGGAAGCCUAUGAGAAUGACGUGGUAGCAAUCAAUCAACAAGCCAAUCUCAUCCCUGGACUUAAUCUCAAUGCAUUGGGCAUCUUCUCAACAGGUUUAUCCAUGCUUCCCUCAGGAGCUGCAGCCCGUAGACCUGCUGUUACUGCUCCCUACAACCCUUUUGCUAGCCAAGCAGCGUACAUUUCGGGCCUUAAUGGAGCCUCGCUGACUGGCACAUAUCCCCAUCUGCACUCCUUGCCAGAGCAAGAGGUGGUGAAUUUGUUCAUCCCAACGCAGGCAGUAGGUGCCAUUAUUGGAAAAAAGGGUCAACACAUUAAGCAGCUAGCAAGAUUUGCAGGUGCUUCAAUCAAGAUUGCACCAGCUGAAAGUCCAGAUGCCAGUGAGAGGAUGGUUAUCAUUACAGGGCCUCCAGAAGCACAAUUCAAGGCCCAAGGACGGAUAUUUGGAAAACUGAAAGAAGAAAACUUUUUCAAUCCAAAAGAAGAAGUGAAGCUUGAAGCCCACAUCAAGGUGCCUUCUUCUGCAGCAGGUCGUGUGAUAGGGAAAGGUGGGAAAACGGUGAACGAACUACAGAACUUAACUAGUGCAGAAGUAAUUGUACCACGUGACCAAACUCCUGAUGAAAAUGAAGAAGUCGUCGUCAAAAUAAUUGGUCACUUCUUUGCCAGUCAGACCGCACAGCGCAAGAUCAGGGAAAUUGUCCAGCAGGUGAAACAGCAGGAACAGAAACAUCCACAAGGCACCCCAGCCUCACAACGCAGCAAAUGAGGCUCCAGGGUGCUGGCCAGCAACAACUGAUGAAUGUAGCCCUUCCAACACCUGAUAGAAUCACCGGACCAGGGAGCAAACCAAAGACUAUCUGAAGGCAUUCAAGUCUGCCCAAGAGGCUGGGCUCUACAGAGAACAUCCAGUACACAGGGAAUGGGAAGGGAUGGGCUUCAGCCAGCAGGAACUGCCUCUCUCACCCCAUAGUCUCCAUGGAGUCUCUCUAACAGUACAACGCUAUCCCUUUAGUUGGACUAACAUAGGCAGAAAUUUUGCAAAAUCUUUUCUGUACAUGUAUGUACAUACUAGGAAAGCAGUUUUUACACAGUGCAUGAGCUGCUGCACCAGAUAGCAUUAAUAUAUUUUAGAAUUAAUCUAGCUAACUAAACUAACUCCAGUCUUUAAUUUUUUUAACAAUUACAUUUCAUUUUUUAGAAAAAGCCAGCUUUUCUAGACUAAAAUGAAAAGGCUAGUCCAUUAUGGAUUACUAACAGAAAGUAGGAUGGGAACGUAGGAUAGCCAGAGCUAAAUUUAAGUGAGACUCAAAAGUGAACAAUACUUUGAAGGACUUCAGGAGGAUAUUGGUAGCAGCACACCAUCAUAGAUUGCCUGUAAGUGCCAACAGAAGGGAUACCGUCUUGUUAGCAGAGGAAUCUCUAUGCAUUUCUUUCUCCAGCUCAUGUGAUCUUCUCUUUGCUUCACAGAUCUCAAACUGGUUUUUGCAUACAGUCUCUCAUUUUGUACCAGAGAGUGCAAUCCUCCAAAUACAUGCAUUAUGGGGAUGGAUGGAUGGAUGGAUGGUGUGUGUGCGCACGCACACACACCCACACAUAUAAAGCCACAAUUUCCAUCUGCUUAUCAAAAUGCCAAGCUUUAGUUUUAUCUAGGUUUCCUGAAAGGGUGGGGGAGGGAAAAAACUUUUACCCUGCUACAGGAAAAUAGAGCACACUUGGUACUUUUUGCAUGCAGAAUGCUGCCACCAAUACUUUGGGAAAUGGAUUUUUAAAAUGGGAUUGACAAGAGGGUGUUGGCCCAGGGCAUGAAAAUUGCAACUUUUUUCAAAAAAGAAAAGAAACGAACUACCUCAGGUGUUUUCAUACCUCAGCACCUUGCUCUUGUGUGUCCCUUUUUGAGAUUUUGUAUGCCUUGUAAAACUGAGAGUUGGAGCAUUUUUUAUUUUUUUAAUAAAAAUGAGUUGGAAAUAAAUUUAGACAAAAGACAGCUGCCAGGUGGAAGAAAGCAUCAUUCUGUAUGAUGAUUAUUCUGUAUUAUUCUUCUGCUAGAUGAGAGUCAAUAACCUUCAAACAUAGUAAUAAUAAAAGGUAGAAGUGCAAGAGACACUGGAGCAGAACUCCUGAGUUUGACAGGUGAAACACACUAUUAGAGUUUUUCUGUGCUAACGGAUGUUAUACUGGUUCUGUGAACAUACCAUUGUACCAACAGACUGCAAUGCCAGUUUUCUCUACUUCAAACAGUGUUCUGUGGAAAACAAACAAAAAAAACCCAAAAUAUAUCCAGCUAACAAGA